AGCAGAAUUGAACGUCUUACAAGACAGCGAUGGCUUUUUCUCUAGAAUUUGAAUAUGGAGGCCACAGGGACAGAUGAAGUAGAAAAGAUAAAAUCAAAGUUUAUGUCUGCAUGGCACAACAUGAAAUACAGUUGGGUGUUGAAAACAAAAACUUACUUCAGUAGAAACUCUCCAGUCUUUCUGCUGGGAAAAUGUUACCACUUCAAAACUGAUGAAUCUGGCGAACUCUCUACAGAUGGGUCCAAUUUUGAUAAAAUCAACACGGAGAUUUCAGGCAACGUUGAGGAGUUUCGUAAAGAUUUUAUUUCUAGAAUAUGGCUGACUUACAGAGAGGAAUUUCCUCAGAUAAAGGGGUCUGCAUUAACAACAGACUGUGGUUGGGGUUGCACGCUGAGAACUGGUCAAAUGCUGCUGGCUCAAGGUCUUAUGCUUCAUUUUCUUGGCAGAGCCUGGGUCUGGCCAGAUGCGUUGGACAUUGACAAUUCAGAUUCUGAAUCGUGGACAGCCCAUACGGUGAAAAAGCUGACGGCAUCAUUCGAAGCAUCGCUUACAGCAGAAAGAGAACCCAAGAUCCUGUCAAAUCGUCACCAGGGAACGUUAAAGAGAAACUGUGAUGACAAUGAAAAGAGAAAUGAAGUUUAUCACAGAAAAAUAAUCUCUUGGUUUGGCGACUCUCCGCUGGCAGCUUUUGGCUUACAUCAGCUAAUAGAAUAUGGAAAGAAGUCUGGAAAAAUUGCUGGAGAUUGGUACGGGCCUGCAGUUGUUGCACACAUUUUAAGAAAAGCUGUUGAAGAAGCAAGAGACCCUGAGCUACAAGGAGUAACAGUCUAUGUUGCUCAGGAUUGUACAGUCUACAGUUCAGAUGUUAUUGACAGACAAUGUUCUUUUAUGGAUUCUGGAAAAGCAGACACAAAAGCUGUAAUUAUAUUAGUUCCUGUGAGACUCGGUGGAGAGAGAACAAACAUGGACUACUUAGAGUUUGUAAAGGGAAUCUUAAGCCUUGAGUAUUGUAUUGGUAUUAUUGGUGGCAAACCCAAGCAGUCGUAUUACUUUGCCGGAUUUCAAGAUGACAGUUUGAUUUACAUGGAUCCUCAUUACUGCCAAUCUUUUGUAGAUGUCAGCAUAAAGGAUUUCCCUCUUGAGUCAUUCCACUGUCCUUCUCCCAAAAAGAUGUCAUUCAAAAAAAUGGAUCCGAGCUGCACAAUAGGAUUUUAUUGUAGAACUGUGCAGGACUUUGAGAAGGCUUCUGAAGAAAUAACGAAGAUGCUGAAAUCUUCAUCUAAGGAGAAAUAUCCCUUGUUUACUUUUGUGAAGGGUCAUUCCAGAGACUAUGACUUUGCUUCCAGUCCGCUCCAUGAAGAAAACAACCUUUUUUCUGAGGAUGAAAAGAAAAGAUUAAAAAGAUAUAGUACGGAGGAGUUUGUCUUGCUUUAAGGACAUUUUACACAGGAUUAUUGGCAGCUGUCCAGGAGAACACUUGCCUUUUAAAAAAUAAAAAAUAAAGAAUGUAUGUGUCCCCCCUCCCCUCGAAAGGCAAGCCUGUGCUGAAAUUGGUCUAUUUUCAUAGAGAUUAUAAUGUUUUAUAUGUUCAUAGUCUUUAAAAUGUCAUUGGUAAACGCACUUGCUAAUUAUUUUUGGUUACUCCUAGUUGGAUGAGUUUGUUGUGCCAGUGAAGACAGAAGGCAUUGUUUAGAGCCAGGUGUGCUGCGGUGUGCCUAUGGCCUG